AUGUCUCAGAAGUUUCGUGAAAUACUAUCAAAGUGUAAGAUAGAUUCACUUAAUCAAUUAGCACUCAUCAGCGGUAUACCAAUUGGCGGUACUAACAAACAAGGUAGAAUUGAAUCUCUUAUCAAUGGUUUAAAUAUUCAAAAACGAUUACCCGAAAGAAAUAUUAGUAUACUAUCAAUAGAUAUUGGGAUCAAAAAUUUUUCUUAUUGUCAAAUGAAUGAUGUGAAUGUACAAUCAGAUACUGCCAAUAUUGUCAACAACUGGACCAAGAUCGAUCUUAAUCAAAUUUAUGGAUCGCUGUAUGUUCCUAUAGUGUCACUGCUGUCGAUGAUAGAUUCAAAAAGAUAUUUAAAUUAUUGUUGUCAAAAUUUAGUUAAAGAUAUAACAACUGCCAAAAAGCCAGAUUUAGUUAUUAUGGAAACUCAGAGAACAAGGUCUAAUAAUAAUGCUAUAACAAUUCCAAAUGUUCUAUUAAAUUAUACAUUUGAGAAUAUUUUUUACUCCAAUCUUUAUAAUAAGUAUCCUGACUUGCUUAUUGUUCCAAUGUCAUCCACAAGUAUGAUUCACUUUUGGUUUAAUAGAUUUGUAAAUAAAAAAUCUUUAAAAAAUCUUUCAACUGCAAAAAAACUGAGAGCCAAUUUAUUCUUUCACUGGUUGGAAAUGAAUAAAUUAUUCACAAUUCCAGGCUAUAAAGUUGAUGCAGAUUUAUCAAUUCCUAAAAAAUCACAAUCUUUACUCAACCAUUUAGAUCUAAUAAAAGGAGAUAAAGUUGAUGAUUUAAUUGAUAGUUUAUUUUAUAAUCUAACUAUCAAAGCUCAUGUACAUAAUCAGAAGGAGCUAUAUAAUUUAUUGCAACAAGAAGAUGCUGAUCUUAAUUAUUAUAUAAUCAAACAUAAUAUCACACAAUUGCUGUUGGUUCUUGACAUUAUUCAACAAUUUGAUAUGGAAUUAGCUCCCGAAUUCAGUCGCUACUUUGAUUUCUUUGGUCCACUAAUUAAUCCUCAAGACAUAGAGUAUAAUAAAAUUCAAGAAUUUGCGAAAAUUAGUAAAAUGUAA